AAGGAAAGAAACAAAGGGACUUUCAGCAUGUUUUGCUAUCUCUUCCUGUCAAAAGAAAAUACCAGAGUCUGUAGCAUCAUUAGAUGCCAUGACAAGAUCUAAGGAACGAAAUACAGCCAGUAUAGAGCCAGAAGACGAGUGUGAGUUUGUGAUAGAGGAAUCAUUUGGAUUCAGUUCUACACCUUGGAAUUCAACACCCCAAAGGAACAAAAAGCAACAGAAAGUCAACUUAAUAGCUGCAUCAUCUGAAGGGGGGAGAAAAGCUAAGCAGCAGAGUGUAAGAAGACAAAAUAAAAGGACAUCAGAGAAACUUGUUACACCAGCGCCAAUAAAGCAAAGCAAACAGAAGUUAAUUAACGCUGCUGAAACAACUGUUAACGGAAUGCAGAAUGUUUCAAGGACUAAUGAAAGAAUCGCUGUGGAAGGCGGCCACUCACAGCUAACUGUAAAUACCAUCCAGAAGUCAUCCCAGCAUCAGCGAUCUAUGAAGCAGAGCUGCUCAAAAGUUAAGCCUUUGGUGGUAUCAUGUGAUGAAGGUUGCCAGGAUUCUGUAAGUCCUGUAGAGGUACACUCAGAACGGAUUCCUUCUUCAGGCCACAGUGUUUUGGAAGCGCCAUUGUCUGCGACAAGUACAGGUGAGCAAUUACCUUGCAGUAAAAAACCCGUGAGACAAAGACAUUCCAAAAGGAAGCCAUCGGUAGAAAUUCACGAAGAUUAUAGGCAAGAAUGCACACCUGCAGCUGUGUCCCCACAGCGUCAUCAAAAGUCCAUAGACGCCGAGGAACCGGCUCCUGUUCAGGGGAAAAAAUCAUCAAAGCGCAAGCAGUCCAUUACACCUGCAGCCCAAAGGUCGUCACGCAGCAAAUCGGCUAAGAGGCGAAAGCCUGAAAAAACGCCGCCUCGAAAAGAUUUGGAAACGGCAGUGAGUACUGUUAAAAGACCUAGAAGGAAAAACAAGGUGCUGGUUUCGAGUGAUAGCUCUGAAAGCGUGCAUGGAGGAGGAGAACAGUGUGGUGAAGAGGGUGAAGCCCCUGGAGGUAGUAAGAGGGUGCCGGUUUCAGAGCAGAUCUCAGGAAACGAGAGUGGUGAAGUGGGUGGAAGCCCCUGUGAUGAACCAGUAAGCAAACCGAGGAAGACGUUGCCUCGGGAAGUAAGACUGACUCCCUUAGCAAGUGCUGGAGAAAGUGGAAUUUCCUUCUGCCAAGAGGAUUGUUCUGAACAGCAUGUGGCAGAAAAAAUAUUAAACACUUCUAUGGAACGAAAAGAAAACAAUGCACGUUCCUUGCAUGGCCUUGUUUCUCAAAAUAAAACUUCUUCAAAACAUCAGAUUGCUGUUAACAGGGAGGAUUCAACAUCAGAUGAAUCUGAAGACUUGGAAGAGGAGCAAUGUCUGACUUACUCAAGUGCACUGAAGCGCAAAAUGAUACUGCCUUCCAACACGCCCAGUGUUCGCCGGACCAAAAGAAUGCGUAUUAAACCAUUGGAGUACUGGCGAGGAGAACGGGUGAAAUACAAGAUGACACCUUCAGGUGGCUUUGUAGUCGAUGGGGUAAUAUCGCCUGAACAGAGAGAACCCAAGAAACUAAAACCUAAAAGGACAAUACCUGCUCUGGAGUUUGACGCACCCGAUGACUCAGCUGUUACCUUAAAAAGUCUUUCUCAGCCAGCUGUUGUGUUUGAUAAAGAUGCCAAUAAAGAGGUUCUUCUAGACUGUGUGAGCAGCAGUACUUCGCAUUUGCUUUUCAUCAGUGAUGACACGGUGUCCAUAUAUAAACAUCUGAAUACCCCUUUCUUUUCUGCCGGCAAACUGAUACUAAAGCCAUUAAAAGAAAAGGGAUUUCAGUAUUCCCACACAGAUACGCUGGUUUAUCACAUUUCCUGUGGAAAGCUCCUUUUGACGCUGUACGACCAGUGCUACCGUCUGACUGCCGGAGACUAUUUUUUUAUCCCGCCGGGGAACGUGUACAACAUACGUAAUCUCUUGAAUAAAGAAUGUGUUGUCUUCUUCACUCAAAUGAAAGGAAGCAGGUAA